CCGCGCUGCGCUCAACGGUUCCCAGGCUGGCCGGCAGAGCUGGGGCAUCAGGGCUGCAGCGCCGUGUGCACUGUCGACACCAGCGCCUAGGGCUCCGCAGCACCCCUGCGCCCGCCGCCGCCGCCGCCGCGAUGCUGGGGCUGCUCGUGGCGGUGCUGGCCCUGGCGCUCGCCUACUUCGCGCUGCUGGACGGCUGGUACCUGGUGCGCGUGCCGUGCGCCGUACUGCGCGCGCGCCUGCUGCAGCCCCGCGUCCGUGACCUGCUGGCUGAGCAGAGCUACGCGGGCCGCGUGCUGCCCUCGGACUUGGACCUGCUGCUGCACAUGAACAACGCGCGCUACCUGCGCGAGGCCGACGUGGCGCGCGCCGCUCACCUGGCCCGCUGCGGCGUGCUCGGGGCUCUGCGCGCGCUCGGGGCGCGCGCCGUGCUGGCCGCUUCGUGCGCGCGCUACCGCCGCUCGCUGCGUCUGCUCGAGCCGUUCGAGGUGCGCACCCGCCUGCUGGGCUGGGACGACCGCGCCUUCUACCUGGAGGCGCGCUUCAUCAGCCUGCGCGACGGCUUCGUGUGCGCGCUGCUGCGCUCCCGCCAGCACGUGCUGGGCACCUCGCCGGAGCGCGUCGUGCAGCACCUGUGCAAGCGCCGGGUGGAGCCCCCUGAGCUGCCAGCCGACCUGCAGCACUGGAUCGCCUACAAUGAGGCCAGCAGCCAGCUGCUCCGGGCCGAGAGCGGGCUUGGCGAUGUCGUAAAGGACCAGUGAGCAGCGCAGCCCACCCGCCCUGCCCGUCAGCCUUGACCUGGGGGCAG